AUGAAUAGCGAACUUUCACUGCAGCAGGCCGGCCGUAACAUCAGUGUGGUUGGAGACGACUUCGUAUUGGAUGGUAAAGUGCUCCGAAUUAUAUCAGGAUCGCUGCACUACUUCAGAUUACCUUCUUUAUAUUGGAGAGAUCGGCUACGGAAAUUAAAAGCGGGAGGGCUCAAUGCAGUGUCAACGUAUGUGGAAUGGAGCUAUCAUGAACCAGAAGAAAGACAGUAUAUGUUUGAGGGCGACUACGACGUUGCUCGUUUCAUACAAAUUGCCGCUGAAGAAGGGCUCUACGUUUUGCUGCGACCCGGGCCAUAUAUAUGCGCUGAAAGAGAUUUGGGUGGAUUUCCAUAUUGGCUGCUUGGCAAAUAUCCCAAUAUUAGGCUGCGUACUCUUAACAAAGAUUUUAUUCGAGAAACUAAAGUAUGGAUGGAAAAACUGUUUUCGUAUUUGAACCCUCUAUUGAUAGGAAACGGUGGUCCGAUUAUUUUAGUUCAGGUUGAAAACGAGUAUGGAAGCUAUGGGGGCGAUAAAAAAUACAUGGCAGAAAUUCGUGAUAUAUUACUGAAACACGUCGGAAACAAAGCUUUGUUGUAUACAACGGACGGGACUUACCCAAGCAUGUUCACGGACGGUUCAAUUGACGGUGCAGUCGCUACAAUUGAUUUUGGUAGUCUAUAUAAUAUAACAAAUAUAAUCCAAACUUUCCGUCGCUAUUUUCCUCGUGGGCCGUUAAUGAAUUCCGAAUACUACUCAGGCUGGCUCACUCACUGGAAUGAAUCUUUACAACAAAUUUCGGGGAAUGAUGUUGUAGACACGCUACGUAUCAUGUUGAAUAAUAAUUUCAACGUUAACUUCUAUAUGUUCUUCGGAGGUUCUAAUUUCGAAUUUAGUGCCGGGGCGAAUUACGAAAACACUUAUUUACCUGAUAUAACGUCAUAUGACUACGAUGCUCCUUUAAGUGAAGCUGGGGAUCCAACCGAAAAAUAUUACCUUAUAAGAAAUCUUUUAUCCGAGUAUUAUCCAGAAAUUAAAAAUAUCACAGCACCAGAACCGUCUAAGAAAGCAGCCUACGGAGAAAUUACUUUACAACCCAGAGGCAGUAUUUUAAGUACCAAGGGACGGAAUCACUUAGGAAAGAAAUACGAAGAUGUCAUAGGUUCUAAACUUCCAACCUUCGAGUCUUUAAGACAGCGAGCUGGGUUGCUUCUUUAUGAGACAACACUCAAUGAUACGGAUGGACAAUUGAAAAUAGCCAAGCCUCGGGACAAUGUGUAUGUUUAUGUUGACGGCGAGCUGCAAGGCAUCUUGUACAGAAUGUGUAAACAAUACACCCUAAGUAUCAAAUGUAAACCUGGUUCCACCCUUUCGUUACUGGUGGAAAACCAGGGGCGUAUCAAUUUUGGCAGCCACCUUCAUGACUACAAAGGUAUUCUUAGCACAGUGGAACACAACAACACUGUUCUGGAUGGCAAAUGGACAGUUACAGGUUUUCCUUUAGUUUUCAACACUUCAACAGAAAAACCUCUAGUUAAUGAAGUUGAACUUAAACGAGGUCCAGUUUUAUUCGAAGGGUCCUUUACGGUCUCGAGUGCCGAAAAUCUUCUAGACACCUAUUUGGAUACCACCGGUUGGAGUAAGGGUUACGUGUGGAUUAAUGGUCAUAACUUGGGUCGCUACUGGCCCAGGGUGGGACCUCAAAUUACACUUUAUGUACCAGGUGUAUGGCUUCGUCCGGAAAAUAACAGCAUAUUUGUACUGGAACUAGAAGAAGCGCCUAAGGAACUCACGAUGCAAUUAAUUGAUUCACCAGUUCUAAACAGGAAAGGAAUAUUGUGUAAACUUACAUAA